UCGGUUAUAAUAGAGAGCUUCGAAUAAAAGUAAACAUGGCAGAAAAUUCUCACGUGGAUCUGGGUUUCGUUGAGAAAACAGACACAGGGAAAUUAUCAUGCCAAUAUUUCCCGAGCAAAGUCGGCGGAAAACCUGCCUGGUUAUCACUUUCAUCGCUUCCCUCACCAAAUCAAAUUCUAUGUUCUAAAUGUAAUAACAUAUGCGUAUUUUUACUCCAAGUGUACGCACCGAUUGAGGAUGAUGACAAUUCGUUUCACAGAACAGUUUUUGUAUUUCUUUGUAAGAAUCCGAACUGUCACCAGCCAAACUCCAGUGUUCCUUUUAUCGCACUGAGGUCUCAGCUUCCCAGGAUCAAUGACUUUUACAGCCCAGAUCCUCCAACACCUGUCACACCUGUUCCAGACAAUGGGGACAAACUCUGUGUGGUCUGCGGAAUUUCUGGACCAAAAUGUUGUUCUAAAUGUCAUUCCAGGUCGUACUGCUCCAAAGAACAUCAAAUUAUUGACUGGAAAAAAGGCCACAAACUCAACUGCAAUGAGUGCAAAGAGGACAAAACUACAAACACCUCACAGGUUCUUUUCCAGGAGUAUGAAUUGCUGAUUGAAGAUGAAGAAUUUCAGAAGGAGGAAGAGAAGUCAGAACCAGAAAAGAAAGAGGAACUUCAUUCUUUUCUGAAAUCAGAAAAGGCUAGCUCCCUCUUACAGGAUUGUUCUUCUGAGGAACUCGAAAAAAUGUCAAACCAGUCAGAGGACAAAGUCUUCCUUAAGUUCAGGAAGAGGAUAGACCAUGCUCCUGAACAGGUUUUGCGCUAUGACAGAGGAGGAUGUCCGUUAUUGGUGUCCAGUGACAACAAGCCAGAUAAGAUACCAAACUGUACAUGUGGAGCCCAGAGACAGUUUGAAUUUCAGGUGAUGCCACAACUCCUUUGCCACCUUGGUGUGGAUCAAGUUGGAGACAGCAUAGACUGGGGCACACUUUGUGUUUACACUUGCUCAGCAAAUUGUUACCAUGGUAACCAGUAUCAACAAGAGUAUCUUUGGAAACAGGACUAUUCCAAGUAGACUCUACCAGCCACUGUGAUUUCUGCUUUUGUGACCUUAAUCUGCCUUUUGUUUUGUUUUUUUCUUUUUGUAAAAUAAAGCUGUCAUUUCUUUUAAUCCCUGACAUAAACUGGACAUCUAAAGACUAAUAUUUGAUGAAAAUAUUAUUACUAUAUAGGGAUAUAAUUUGAUUAAAAUAGAUUAUUCUUUAAAACUGUAUUUUGAUCAGAAAACAUAUAAUAAGCAAAUUGAAAUGGUCAGUUCUGAAAGGUUAGCAAUAUUGAAAUUGAAACCCAAAUAAAGAAAUGUUUUCCAUUCUAGGUAAUUCUCUAAUGUUUUGAGAGGUUUUAUAUUAUUAUUGAUAAUUUUGGAGACAAAUGAGAUUUUAAAGUUUGAGUUUUCAUCAAACUCUUCAAAGUGAUAGGAUAAUCUCUGAUUUAAAGUAGUUUACAAAUCUCUGUUAUGUAAUCAUCAAUUUGUAGAAGUCAUGCCAAUCAAAGUCAAAUCUGUACACAUCCUAGUUGUGAAGGAAAAAUAUAAAUAUACU